AUUGAAACAUCACCCAGGCACAAGGAACAGCCAAGCACCAAAAGUAUGCUGACGAGCGAAAUUGUGCGCCCUGGCGGUGCUACCAACCUAAUAUUGCGGUUAAUAACAACAUAGGAUGAAAAAGAAGGGCCAGGCUGUGGGCCACGCGCCGAAGGAGGCGGACCCGCUACUUUGCGACGUCUGCGCACUCUCGACUCCGGAGGUCUACUGCGAAGAGGACCACGCUCGUUUGUGCAGUCAAUGUGACAUGACGGUGCACAGCGCAAAUAAAGUGGCCCAGAGGCACACGCGGUACCCGCUGUGCGGCGUUUGCCACCGGACAAAGGCCACGAAGACGAGCAAGACAGCCCAGCAGCAAGGCGUGGACGUGUGCGUAGCGUGCACGUCGACGCUACCCAAGAGCAGCAAGCUGCACAAAAUAACCGGGUCACUGGCGGCGCCGGCGCUGCACUCCGCGCAGGAGCAGACGCAAGCGCAGGGUAGCGGCUCAGCGCUGGACAGCGGGUCAGCACUGGCGGAGGCACCAGGCGGGCCAGGCGCAGGCGGGCGGCAGGCGGCUCAGAAUGUGUGGGUGCAGGACAACACACUGGCGCUGGGAUCCGGGAUCGGGCCGCCUGGCGGCAGCGAAGCGCGGCGUCAGGACGCAGGCCCGGUCCGUGGAGCCCGGCAGAAAGCCACAGGCGCUGAUGUGGCAGGAGGGCGCAGCUCGCAGGGCUCGCCGCAGUCGCAAGAGGCACUGAUGGGUACGGCGGCGGCUGUGGCAGCAGCGGUCGAUGCUGGUGGCAGUGGUGGCGCCGUGGCCGCUGGCGGUAGCGGCAGCCACGGCCAGCUGGGCUUAGUGGCCGCGGCUCAGCACCUGCGGGGUGGCGGCAGCGGCGGGUCGGGCGGCUCCGGCGGCUCCGGCGGCGCUGACACGCCAGACGUGCUGGACGCGCUGUUCAGCAGCUGGGGCGAGGAGGGCGGGCCCACCAUGAUGGAGGAGCAGGAGGCUGCCGCAAACGCGGCGGAGGCUGGCGACCUGGACUUGUCCAUGUGGGCCGACUCGCCUACUGGCAUGGGGCUGGGCUACGGUGCCGGCGGCGUCAUGGUCAUUGGUGGCGGGGCCGCCGCUGCCGGCGAGGAGCCGAGGGGGCCCAAGUCCGGCCAGGCACUUCCCGCGAACAUCGACAUGGCACAGCUGCGCCAGCAGGCACCCAUCCAGCAGAUACAGUGCCAAACAGCGACGCAAUGCGGCGAGCAGCAGCCGGCUGUGAUGGUGCCGCUCGGCGUACUGGGCACGGCGUCCACCUCCAUUGCUGCAUUUGGUGCGCCACAGCGCCAGCAGCAAUCAUCGGUGCAGCCGCUGCCGCAGAUGCAGACGGAGCAAGCGCGCGACGCGGCGCAGUCUCCUCUGCAGCGUGAGCAGCCCCAGUCGAAGAAGGCACGCGUGGAAGAGGCGGCGCAGCAGCGGCGGAGCAAGACCACCUCCCAAGGCCACACGCAGGCCCACGGCGUGAUGCAGGCGCAGGAGUCGAGCUCCGUCGUGAGCCAAGCCCGUGCACCCUCGCAGCCGCCUGCGCAGCAGCGGCAAGCUGUGGAUCAGCACCAGCACGCGGCGGCUCCGCUACAGCAGCAGCAGCAUGACCAUGCAGCAAACCAGGCACAGUCAUCAGUCAACGGCUUGCAUCCGACCGACCCGACCACCGCAAGCGGCUUGCCGGCGGCGCUGUUGCCGGCGGCGCGCGCUGCCGGCACGUUGCACUCCAAGCUGGAGACCGUCGGCGGCGGCCUGGCGUCGCAGUCGCAGUCGCAGCCCCAGCCGCCAGCGUCUGCGGGUAUGGGGCUAGUUCCGCCGCCGGGCGGUGCGGCCGGGGUGGUGCCAUGGCUUAGCAGCCGGCUGCAGUACCCGCCUGGCCUGGGCAGCGAACAGCUGCCGAGCUUGGCAGGGCGCGUGCCCAAGCAGGAGCCGGUCUGGGGUGGCCAGCCCACUGGAAUCGUGGGCGCUGUCGCAGCUUCAGGCAGCAGUAUGCUGCUGCCGCCCAUGGCCGGGUUGCUUGGCCCGUCGUGUCGGCAGAGCUGUGACGGCGGGCCGCAGACCCUGCUCCCCUGCGGCAACGGGGCCUUCAACUCGUCUAACCAGCAGUCGCAGUUCCAGCAAAAGCAACAACAGCAGCAGCAGGCGCAGGCGCAGGCGCAGGCGCAGGCGCAGGCGCAGGCGCAGGCGCAGGCGCAGGCUCAAGGGCAGGCCCAAGCGCAGCAGCAGCGGCAGCAGCAGCAGCAGCCGCAGCAACAACAGUACCAAGCGCUGUCACAGUCGUUUGGCGCUGCGCCCUUCCUGCCCAACAACCGCGCCGACGGCAAAGGCCCACUGAACUCUAUCUACGAGGCCGCGCUACUGGGCGUGGCCGCUGGUGUCGGCCCCUGGCGGCCCGGCGGCUUGCUGCCCCAGGGCCUGCCGCUGGGCGCGGGAGGGCUGCAGCUGCCAGGCGGCCUGGUCGUGCCGCAGCUGCCGGCGCUGCUUACGCCCAUCCAGACCCUGGCGUGGGCCCAGGCGCAAAUGGCACAGCAGCAACAGCAGCAGCAACAACAGGGACUCGGUGGAAUGCAGGCUCCCGGCCUUGCCGGGUUGGCAUCCCAGGUGCAGGCUGCCGCACAGCAGCAGCAACAGCAGCAGCAGCAGCAGUUCGCGCAGCAGUUGAACCAGACAUUUGGAGAGGGCGGAGCGGGUGCCGGCAUGCUGGGUGGCGGCAAUGCACUGGCCGGCCUGCUCGGCUCUGCAGCGCCCGUCCUGCCCAACUUCGCAAUGUCGCUGCCGCAGCUACUGCCCCAGGCAUCCAGCCAGCUCCAGAGCAUGAGCCAGCAGCAGACGCAGCAGCAACAGCAGCUGUCCGCGCUGCAGCAGCAACUGGCACAACAGCAACAGGCGGCGCAACAGCAGCAGCAGCAACCGGACACCAGCACGCUUGGCGCCAUCAUUCAGCCUCCUGCUGCCGUGCAGCAGCCUCCUGCUGCCGUGCCGCAGCCGCAGCCGCACAACAUCAAGCAGGAGCCGUCGAUUUCCAGCGCCCAGGGCGCCAGUAGCCACCUGGGACCGGUGGGACCCGCAGGCGGCGGCCACGGGCACGCCGGUGGCAGCCACACACACAUGCACCUGGCAAACCGGGUCAGCACCAACGGCCGUCGCGCCGCGCCGGCAGCCUCACCUGCGGUGCCGCAGGUUGCGAAUGUGACUGUGCCCCUGCCGCCGCCCCAGGGUGCCCACGCUGCCGCGCCUGCUACACGCAGCGACUGCGCGGGCGCGAACAGCGGGGGCAACGCCACCGGUGGCGGGAUGCCGUCCCAGCAGGGCCACCAUCAACAGCAGCAGCACGUGCAGCGCCCUGCGACCACCACGGUCUCGCACCCCACGCAAUCGCAGCAGUCUGGUGGCCAGACGUUGUCUGGACAGCAUAGGGCCCUUCCCGCUGUGACCUCCGGUAUGUGUGCGCCGCAGCAGCAGUUGCAGCAGGCUUCUUCCGGCGGCCUGCAGAACAUUCAGCAACAGUUGCUGCAGCACCUGAUUCAGCAGUCGCAGCAACAGCAGCAACAGCACCUGCAGCAGCAGCACCAGCAGCAGCUGCAGCAGCAGGCGCGCAUGCUUGGCUUAACUGCGUCGUCUCCAGCUGUGAGCAGUGCUGGUGGUGCAGGAUCCAACCAAGCGCUGCUCUUACAACAACAACAGCAACAACAGCAGCAGCAACAGCAGCAGCAGCAGCAACAACAACUUCAGCAGUUGCUGCUGCAGAGUGCGGGACAGGGACCACGAGCCCAGCAGCAGCUGUUGAUGCAGCUCGCACUUCAGCAGCAGCAACAGCAGCAGCAACAACAACAGCAACAGCAACAACAGCAGCAGCAGGCUGCGAUGGGCCAGCACGCUGCGCAGCUGGUGCAGCAGGGCGGGCUACACAACCUGUCCCCGGAGGCUGUCAGCAGCUUACUGAUGGGACCCAUGGCUCAGUGGGUAAUGGCCAGCAUCCAGCAGCAGAAUAACCAGCAGGCCCAGCAGCAGGCCCAGCAGCAGGCCCAGCAACAGGCCCAGCAGCAGCAGCAGCAGCAGCAGCAGCAGCUGCUGUCCGGCAGUCAAGGUGGCGUGCUCGGCAACGCUGCGGCGGUUGGGAUGUCGGGACUGCCCCUGGGCUCGGGCGGCUGCACCUCGGGAAUGGGCGGCGGUAUGGCAGGGGGCGGCGCCACCAGCGGCGCUGUGGUUGCCAAGGCUGCGACUAGCGCCGUGAAGGCGGGUGGCGGCGUGGCGGCAACUGCUGAGGCAAGCAAGGUCAGCCGCGAGCUAGGGGGAGGAGGUGGCGGUGGGGGCGACCGCGGCACGGGCGGCGGAGGCGGCGGUGGCGGUGGGGGCGAACCGCGAGACCAUGCCGAACGCGAUGAGGCGCUGACGCGGUACCGCCAGAAGCGGAAGACGCGGCACUUCGAGAAGACCAUCCGCUACGCGUCGCGCCAGGUGUUGUCCCACAAGCGGCCGCGCGUCAAGGGCCGCUUCGUCAAGAAUGUUGGCAGCAGCGGCGCCGGCAAGGACGUGGGCGGAGACGGAGUGGGUGGAGGUGGCGGCGGGACCAACGCGGGGCCCUGCCUGGCUGACAUCAUCGGCAUGAGCCCUGCCACCACUCACGAGCCGCGCACCAGCGAGGACCCCGAGGCGGGCGACGAGGCCGAUGACGAGCAGGAGGUGGAGCUGGAGGCAACCGGCGAGCACCAGCGGCCGCACGGCGCCCUGGCGCUGCCGUUGCCCGCCCGCGCCCAGCUGGGCGGCGGCGGCGUCGCGGAGGCCGUGGGCGAGGUGGAGGAGGUGGACGGCGACGGCGAUGUGGACAUGGCGCCCAACCCCGAGGGCGAGGGACCGCAGAUGGCGGAGGCUGAGGGCUGUGUGGGAGGUCGGCUGGGUGCGCAUGAUGGCGACGGUGGCGACGAGGAGGAUGAGGAGGGAGACGCUAUGGAGGUGGAGGUGUGCGGCGGCAAGCCCGGCCCGGGCUGCGACGCUGGCGGCUGCGGCAGCCCACGCGAGGCCUGCAGCGGCGGCACUAAGCCACGCAGCGGCGCCGAUGGCUGCGGCAGCGGCCCACACGGCGUGGGGCCCGGCGCCGACAAGGGCGCAGGCGCCGCCUUCAGUGGCGCCGGUGGCUGUGGCAGUGGUCCACUUGGCGCCAGUGCGGGCGGCGCGGUGGCCAUGGCGUGUGGCACCAGCGUGGGCCGCGGCAGCGGCGGUAAGGUGGCGGGCUUACACCACGGCACCGCGCCUGCCACCGUCGCGGCUGGCGGCUUCACCCUGGGCUCGGACGGCGGGUCCGCCGGCGGCACGCCCGGGGGCCACCACCCAGGCCACCACUACGUGCCGUCGGGCCAUCACCACGUCCGCGGCGAGCACGCGCAGAGCCACCACCAUGUGGCACCUGGCGGCGGAGGCAGCGGUGCAGGAGGCAGCGCCGCGCGGGGCGGCACGGGUGCAGGCGGUCGCAGGGCCGCAUCCGCCAGCGCCGUCGCGGGCGCGACAGCCGCCGCAGCCGGCAUCACUGACCACGCCGAGCAGGACGGCUGCGCUGACGGUGGCGGCGGCGGCGCGGAGGAUCAGCCGCAGCUGGGUCUGGUGGUUGGGCCUGGACUGCUAGGCGACGCGGAAAUGGAUCCGGAGGAGGGCGAGGAGGAGGAGCUGGCGGGCGGCGCAGGCGGCGGCGAGGGCGAGGGCGGCGGCGGGCCCAUGGACAUGGACGCGCAGUUGAGCGGCCCCGAGCCGGCACGGGCGAGGGCGGUGGCAGCGCUAUCUGGCAGUGCGCAUACGCACGCACAGGCUCCUCGCGGCAUCAGUGGAGGCUCCCGCGGCGGUGGCGGUGGCGGCAAGGCCGGCGCGGGCAAGAGCUGUGAGGAGGAGGCGCUGGGCCCCAGCCAUUCCGUGAACAGCCGCCUCAGUGCCGGCAGCGUGCACACGCCCGGCAGGAGGCGCCUGGCAAUGGCGACUGGCGGUGCUGGUGCGGCUGGUGGGACAGCCGCGCAUGACGAUAUGGCGCUAGGGCGCACCGGCGCGCAUUCGCACCAGCAUCAUGCAUACCCGCAUGCCCACAACGGCAAUGGCGGCGGCGCUGCUAAUGGCGGUGGCGGUCGCGGGAACGGCAACGGCAAUGGCGGUGCGAGGGGCGCCGCCGAUGACGCGGACGGCACCGCCAGUACCAACGGUGCCUGCAAGAAUGGCGGUGGCGCAGGCGCUGGCAAAAGCAACGGCAAGAACGGCGGUCGCAACGGAAAUGGAAAUGGACAGCAUGCCAACAAGCCCGCAGCUGCCGCUGCUGCUGCUGCUGCUGCUGCUGCUGCAGCGGCUGCAGUUGCGGUCGCGUCCGCCGCUGCCGCUGCGUCCGCCAGCGCCACCGCUCUUCCCGUGACAGGGAACGGCGAUGUAACAUUGAUGGGCGCCGCGGGCGGCCUGCCCGGGACCACUGGAGAGCAUCCAGUGGCACAGCUGCCCCUGCCGCUGCCGCUGGCGCCGCAGCAGCUGGUGCACGGGCCGGGGCUUGCGGCAGGGCUGUCCAGCCCUGAGCUCGCGGCGGCGGCGGCGGCGGCUGUUGCGGCUGGUGGCUUUGCUGGCCUGAGUGCUGCGGCCGGCCUGGGCAGUCCCAGCACGGCUGCGGGCGCCAUUGGCGGUGCUGGGCCCAGUAUGCAGCGCCGCUCACCGGAAGGCCCGAGGCCCGCCGGCAUCAUAGGCGGCGCUCCCAUGCCGUCGACUGCUUCUUGCGGCGGCGGUGUGAGCCACCUGGGCGCGGGCGGCGGCACAGCAGGCGGCACCGGCGGGGCUGUGGUGGCGGGUCUUGGGGCGGGCCCCAGCGGCGCGGGUGGCGGCUGGGGACGUGGCGGCCGUGGCGCCGGCCACGCACGCGCCAGUGGUCACCGCACCGGCGGCGGCCACGGUGGGGGUUGCGGAGGUGGCGACGCCGGUGCGCGCGCUAGCGCCCAUGGCGGCGGCGGCACGCACCCGCACACCGACCGUGUAGCCGCUGGUCUGGAUGAGCAGGGUGCGGGGCCGCUAGUGCCGGACUGCGCCACGGACGCCGCAGCGCCGUGCUGCCUUUCCGGUGCCACGGAGCAGGGCAGCUGCAUGGAGGACAACCAUACUCUCGUGGAUGCGGAGGAGCGUGGUGGCGGCGCGGGUGAUGGUGACGGCGGCGACUCUGAGUGCUGCUCCGCAGAACCGUUGGUGAGCGGCGCGUCCAACACAGUGCCAAGUGUGGAGGCCUCCACACAUGGCCAGCGAGGUAGGUGCCGCCGCAGCUCACCGCAGCUGUCGGUGCGGAUGUGAGCGGCGUGCAGCGGCUUGCUGGCUUGCAGUGAUUUGAUUUCUGGUGGCGGCAAGCCUUGGGCAAGCCUUUAAGGAACGGAGGAGGGUGGUGGAGGUGAUGAUGAUGAAGAUAACCACAUUAUAGCAGUAGCGCUAUGCUUGUAAUGCGUGAGCCCGGUGCAGCCGGGCGCCGCUUGAGUGAAUACACCUUUGCGGCAGUAAACCCCGUAAACCUGUCCGUUAUUGGCUUGUGCCUUGCUCUCUGGGCUGAUGCGUGUUUGCUUUUGUUUGUUUUUCCUAAGGCGUAGCCACAAUUUGGUUGCUCGCUGCUUUGUUGAUGCUUCAGUGGUCCUGUGCAGCUGUUUGUGGAAACUUGAUGCGAAGCCACAACACUGAUGUCUGUUGAACCUUCUGUUCUGGUCGUGUUUGAUGAUUGUUGUGGCUGGUGUUUAUUUCCUGUCUUUGGAUGCUUUGUUACACGUGAGUCGUAGUAAUUGGCCGUCUGCGGCUGUGAAGUUAAAAAACGGUUAGAUUGAGCACGAAAAGUUGCGUGUUAAAGGCGGCAUUUAUGCUAUUUUGUCCCUGCCUAUGGGGCCGGAGUUUUUACGGUACCGUAUGUGGCCCAAGAAUAACGACAUCGCGUGAAAACAAACAAACUUGGGUAUUCCCCUCUAAUAUAUUGCAAGGGACACAGGGCUCACUGCCUCAUGGUGUCGCCAGCCAGAGGAAGUGCUAAGCGCUGGUGAGGAAGGGUGGGCUCUGCACGGGCCAUGUCGCCCUGUAAAUGUGUAUCCAUGUCGACUGACACCUCGGAUUGGAGCAUGGGGGCAUCAGGCGUUCACCUCCUUCUAACCAAGGUGCCGUGCUGCCCGAUGCGUGGAUACCGGAUUGCCGGUACCCAGUGCCAGCACAAGAGCGGCAAAGUCUUUCCCGGUCGACUGACGUGGCCGAACGGCCCUGCAUCACAAUAACCGUAAUUGCGCCGGCCCCUGUAACCAUGCGAUAUG